AUGAGGGACAACAGAGAUCCCGCCCUGCACGUCAUCGUUCUGGGCUCUGGAGGUGGGCCCCAGGAGUCAAACACAACUGCCUUGCUCGUCCGAUCUGUCGCCCAGGAGUGGCGCAAGGGCUCCAUCGUUGCCGUCGAUGCCGGCGUGCACCUCUCCGCCAUCACUCGCCUCGUCAAGGAGUCUCUGCCCUCGCCUGUCCCUUCGCUCCCGUACACCUUGACGUCAGGCCCAUUCGCGGGCCUCAGCUUGCCGUUCCAUAACGCGGACACAAAUGCCCAGCACAUUUCCAGCUCUCUCGUUGACGCCUAUCUGAUAACCCACCCCCAUCUUGACCACAUCUCGGCAUUUGUCAUUAACACGGCGGGCCCGCCUGGAGCGCGGCCAAAGAAACUGGCCGGGUUGCCAAACACCAUUCAUGCAUUCAAGACGCAUAUUUUCAACAACGUCAUUUGGCCAAAUCUCAGCGACGAAAAUAAUGGCGCUGGGCUCGUGACUUAUCUCAGGCUUGUGGAAGGUGGGAGUCCGGCUUUGGGGGAUGGUGAGGGAAAGGGAUACUCGGAAAUUUGUGAUGGCUUGCUGGUUAAGAUUUGGGGCGUGAGUCACGGCCACUGCAUUGAGAAGCACAGCCAUCGGGGCUCGCAAUCUAGUGCAUCCGGGGGAUUCAUCAACCACGACCUGCUGUCUCAGACUCCUCGGAGGGAUCCGUACAGCCACACGACCUCGCAAACCACGCCCCGGCGCCAGAGUCUUCUCAGCCAGGCAACUUUCGGUGUGGGGUCCGGCUCACCGGGCGCUGAGCAGGAAAAGGUUUGUGUCUACGACUCAAGCGCAUAUUUUAUCCAAGACCAGGACCAUAGGAGAGAGGUUCUCAUCUUCGGAGACGUCGAGCCUGAUAGCCUGUCGCUGAGCCCCCGCAACUUGCAAAUCUGGCAAGACGCCGCCCCCAAGAUUGUUGCCGGGAAUCUUGCCGCCAUAUUCAUCGAGUGCAGUUACGACGACAGUCGCUCAAAUGACCGGCUGUUCGGGCAUCUCAAGCCUGAAUUCAUAAUCGAGGAACUUCUCGCUUUGGCUGCAGAGGUUGAUUCUGCCCGCAAGGAUCAGCAUGUCGCCGAGUCGAAGAAGAGGAAGCGGAUGAGCGAUCCCGGUUUCAGGCAUCGAGGUCCUAAGCAGCAUCUGACGGCCGUGACUCCAGCUUCGGAAGAUCCUCUUUCUCCAAGGGCCGUCGAGGGUCUCGCCGAGUUCCCCGGAAGUCUGAAUACAGGACUAGACACACCGCAUAUUGCCACACCAACUACGGAGCUGUCUCUUCAUGAGAUUGAUCUGGUCGUAGCCCCCAGCCCGUCCAGGCCUGAGCCAAGAAAACAGCUCGAGGGCCUCAAGGUGGUAAUCAUGCACAUCAAGGACCGACUAACAGAUGGUCCCGAUGUCGGUGAGACCAUAUUGAAUGAGUUGCAGGAGUAUGAGAGGGAGGUGCAGUUGGGCUGCGAGUUCAUUAUCGCCCAUUCUGGGCAGAGCUUCUACUUCUGA